AUGUUCGCCCAGGUUCGAUGCGACGCCGCCAGCCUUGGGGUACCUUGCACCAACUGCGUCGCGUUCCAAAUCGAAUGCCGUAUCCCGACGCCGAAGCGAAAAAAGGCCCAGAGCGCAACGGGACAGGCUUCGAAAGACUCUGAUAGCGAUCGUGAAGGCCAAGACGAACGACGGCAGCCGACACCGCCUUUCAGUGUACCUGCGACAAAUGCAUAUCCCCGAGCUCCGACUGUGACCCAUACUGUCGAAGGAACCCCUUCCUCGUCCAUAACCGAAGCACAGGCGAGGCAAGAAGAGGCGGACAAUGACACUUACCUAAACCUGAUCAUGAAGCCCAAGUUCACACGUGCCCCCAUCACCGAAGCUGGCCGGGUUGCUUACCUCGGAGAAUCCUCAAACCUCACUCUUCUUGUUCACGACCGCCAGGGUUCCUCGGAUGUCGUCCACUAUCCUCUUCCCGAAAACGUGCGUGGCACUCGAGCCAGGCUCACAGAGCUUGACAAUGUCGAAAUCGACAUCCUGCACCAGCGAGGGGCCUUCCUCUUGCCGCCCAGAUCUCUCUGCGACGAACUGGUUGACGCUUACUUUAACUGGGUCCACCCAAUCGUGCCGGUCAUCAAUCGUACUCGCUUCAUGAGGCAAUAUUCCGAUGCCAAGAAUCCUCCCUCUCUACUCCUGCUUCAGGCCGUCCUGCUCGCUGGCUCGCGCGUAUGCACCAACGCGCAGCUCAUGGACUCCAACGGCUCGACCACGCCUGCCGCUCUGACUUUCUAUAAGCGCGCCAAGGCCCUUUACGACGCCAACUAUGAAGACGACCGCGUAACGAUCGUACAGUCCCUGCUUCUCCUGGGCUGGUACUGGGAGGGACCGGAAGACGUGACGAAGAACGUCUUCUACUGGAGUCGCGUCGCGACCAUUGUCGCCCAGGGCUCUGGCAUGCAUCGCAGCGUAGAGCAAUCCCAGCUGAGUCUGUCGGACAAGAGACUGUGGAAGCGUAUUUGGUGGACGCUCUUCACCCGCGACCGCUCCGUGGCCGUGGCGUUGGGUCGUCCCGUCCACAUCAACCUCGACGACUCGGACGUCGAGAUGCUGACCAUCGACGACUUCGUCGAGGACGAGCCAGAUUGUGCCAGCGAGUUCCCCCCCAACCCAGUUCACGUCCAGUUUUUCCUGCAAUACGUCAAGCUGUGCGAGAUUAUGGGCCUUGUUCUGUCCCAGCAGUACUCGGUCGCCUCGAAGGGGCGGCAGCGGACGGCCAUCGACCUGACGCACAGUGACAUGGCCCUUGCCGAUUGGCUCCAGAAUUGCCCCAAGAUUGUCUACUGGGAGAUGCCUCGCCAUCAUUUUUGGUCCGCGCUGCUGCAUUCUACCUAUUAUACGACGUUAUGUCUUCUGCACCGGGCGCACAUGCCCCCAAGCGGUCAGAAUCGCUUCCCGGACGACUCUCCUUACCCGUCUCGGAAUAUUGCUUUCCAAGCUGCUGCCAUGAUCACUUCGAUUGUGGAGAACUUGGCUGCUCGCGACGAGCUGCGCUACUGUCCCGCCUUCAUCGUCUACAGUCUGUUUUCGGCGCUCAUCAUGCAUGUCUAUCAGAUGAGAUCGCCCGUUCCGUCCAUCCAGCAAGUCACACGAGACAGGCUGCGAAGUUGCAUGCAAGCCAUGAAAGAGGUUUCCCGGGUGUGGCUGGUGGGCAAGAUGGUAUACACGCUCUUCGAGUCCAUCAUUGGCAACAAGGUGUUGGAGGAGAGGCUUCAAAAGGCCGGGGCCAAGAGGCACCGCAAGACGCAUCAUGGCUUGUCACAGUCGGAACAGCAGACCAAGGCGCAGGAUGCCUCGAAGCGCAAGUAUGAUGACAUGGCCAUCGACUUCACCGCCAACGCGCCGACUCCCCAAGAAUCUUACGAGCGAUCGAGGCCGCAGACCCCAAGCGCGAACAAGAACGAAGGCGGCGGUGCAGUGCAGCAGACCGGCAUACCAUCGCCGAGCGUCCGGCCUAGUGGGGCAGACACCUUCAUGGGAGGGACCAGCUCGCGGCCGCAGACGAGGCCGGCCACACCCUUCAACCCUUCGUUCUCUGUGCCUGCAACACCACCCGAUCUCUACCUCGUUACAAGAAACUCUCCUAACCUCUCUCAGUCCGUGUGGGAAAAUUUUCAGCCAGACCAGCUUUUCCCGGAAAGCUCGAGCAUGCCUGUCUUUCCAAACCUGUCGCCGAUGCAAGCUCAUCAGAGUUUGGACCAAACCAUCAUGGCCCAAAUGACUCCCAGCAGAGCGGCAGCUCCUAGUGCGCAAAGUCAGCCGAGCAGUCAGUUUCAAGUGAGGGGAGAAGGCCAAGGUCAAGGCAAUGGACUUUUGCAUACGCAAGCCUUUCCCGGGCAAAACAUGUGGCAGCCUGCAUUUGACAGUGGAAUGCAUGACGGCCAAAGCCCGGAUAGCUGGAGCUCCAGCUCGGUCCAAGGGCAGCCGGCUCCCACGACGCUUAAUGUCGAGGAUUGGUUCCAGUUCUUUGGCAUCAACGGUGACGCAAAUGGCCUCAACCUCGAUGUAUCUUUAACCUGA